AUGCAUAUUCAUUUCCUCUUCCAGCAAAUCUUCUUGUCUUCUCCUACCAUCAGCGCUGCGGCGGGCCCGUACCUUGAAAGGGCAUAUAUCUUUGACUUCCAUCUCAAUCUGCGGUUCUCCAAGGGUCUACGCCGGCUUCACGCCCCGGCAAUCCAUCAGCGCACACUUCUGCAGGCUAUACCUCGCACCACCAUGACUAGCAAUGUAACAGCAAUGGAAGUACUGGAAGCGCGUCUCGCAGAAUUCCAGCACACGAAAGGGGAUAUCGAAGUGAUAUGGACGCCUUCCACGCAUUGGCUUUCUCGCCCGCUUAGGAAUCUGUCGAUCCUGGACUCUUCAUUCAAUCCACCGACCCGCGCGCACGUUGCGCUCGCAGAUCUUACGCACAGCCCCGCAAACGGCGAUGGAUCUCGAGAACCUCUGCUGCUCUUGCUCGCUGUUCAGAACGCAGACAAGCCCCCGCCGGACCCCACACGGGACGCAUCCUACGUGCAGAGAUUGCAGAUGAUGAUCAUCCUGGCCCAACAACUCGGACCUCGCGCGGCUGUUGCAGUGACCAUGGAGCCCACCUUCGUCGGAAAGGCGCGCGCACUCCGCAGAUGGUUAGGCGCCCAGGACAUGGGAACGGAAGCCCCGAAGCUCUCGUUCCUCGUAGGCUACGACACACUGCAACGCAUCCUUGCGCCGAAGUACUAUGGAAGCCCGGAUGCCAUGCGCGCGGCACUGCACUCCUUCUUCGAAGAGGAUGGCGCGCGUCUGGUCGUCGCGCGGCGCGAUGCUGCUGCGUAUCCCGCGUUCGACGGCGGCGAGGACAUGCCGGCGCUUCUCGAGGAGUUUCGGGAGGGGAUUGAGGAGAGGGAUUUCGAAGAGGAAGAGGGAGGCGUUAGCGCGGAGAGACUGACGAUGAUCAGCUCGAGUGCGGUGCGGAAGGCCGUGUCGAGGGAAGAUCCAUCGUGGCCGGAGCUGGUGCCUCGGUCCAUCGCAGAGUAUAUUCGUGAGAAUGGGCUUUACAGGCAGGCUUAG